UAAUCCAUGCUGAAGAGGCCCCAUUCAUACAGAUGAACAAAGGGUUGAGGCAGCACUUUCAACCCAGAUAGUCAGUCGGCUAACUGCCCAGCAGGAUGCCAUCAACCAGCCGAGCAGGCAGCCUGAAGGACCCAGAAAUUGCAGAACUCUUCUUCAAAGAAGAUCCAGAAAAACUCUUCACAGAUCUCCGAGAGAUUGGCCAUGGAAGCUUUGGAGCAGUUUAUUUUGCACGUGACGUGCGCACCAAUGAAGUGGUGGCCAUCAAGAAAAUGUCAUAUAGUGGGAAGCAAUCCAAUGAGAAAUGGCAGGAUAUUAUUAAGGAAGUCAAGUUCCUACAAAGAAUAAAACAUCCUAACAGUAUAGAAUACAAAGGCUGCUAUUUGCGUGAGCAUACAGCAUGGCUUGUUAUGGAAUAUUGUUUAGGAUCGGCAUCAGACUUACUAGAAGUUCAUAAAAAGCCAUUGCAAGAGGUGGAAAUAGCAGCAAUUACCCAUGGUGCUCUCCAGGGACUAGCAUACUUGCAUUCUCACAAUAUGAUCCAUAGGGAUAUCAAGGCAGGAAAUAUCCUGCUGACAGAGCCAGGCCAGGUGAAGCUUGCUGACUUUGGAUCUGCUUCCAUAGCAUCUCCUGCCAAUUCAUUUGUGGGGACGCCAUAUUGGAUGGCCCCAGAAGUAAUUUUAGCCAUGGAUGAAGGGCAGUAUGAUGGCAAAGUAGAUGUUUGGUCUCUUGGAAUAACAUGUAUUGAGUUAGCGGAAAGGAAGCCUCCUUUGUUUAAUAUGAACGCAAUGAGUGCCUUAUAUCACAUAGCACAGAAUGAAUCCCCUACACUGCAGUCUAAUGAAUGGUCUGAUUAUUUUCGAAACUUCGUAGAUUCUUGCCUCCAGAAAAUUCCUCAAGACAGGCCUACAUCAGAGGAGCUUCUGAAGCACAUGUUUGUUCUUCGGGAACGGCCUGAAACAGUGUUAAUAGACCUGAUUCAGAGAACAAAGGAUGCAGUGAGAGAACUGGACAAUCUGCAGUAUCGCAAAAUGAAGAAACUCCUUUUCCAGGAGGCACACAAUGGGCCUGCAGUAGAAGCACAGGAAGAGGAGGAGGAGCAAGACCAUGGCGUUGGCAGGACAGGAACAGUGAACAGUGUCGGAAGUAAUCAGUCCAUUCCCAGUAUGUCCAUCAGUGCCAGUAGCCAAAGCAGUAGUGUUAACAGUCUUCCAGAUGCCUCAGAUGACAAGAGUGAGCUAGACAUGAUGGAAGGGGACCACACCGUGAUGUCAAAUAGCUCUGUCAUCCACUUAAAGCCUGAGGAAGAAAAUUACAGAGAAGAGUCUGAUUCUAGAACAAGGACGUCAGAACCACAGUCUCCACCCCAAGUAUCUCGCCACAAGCCACAUUACCGCAAUCGAGAGCACUUUGCUACUAUACGCACAGCAUCACUGGUGACAAGGCAAAUGCAGGAACAUGAACAAGACUCUGAGCUCCGAGAACAGAUGUCUGGCUAUAAACGCAUGAGACGGCAGCACCAGAAACAGCUGAUGGCACUGGAGAACAAACUGAAGGCAGAAAUGGAUGAGCAUCGCCUCAGGUUGGACAAAGAUCUUGAAACGCAGCGAAACAACUUUGCUGCAGAAAUGGAAAAGCUAAUUAAAAAACACCAAGCAGCCAUGGAGAAGGAGGCUAAAGUGAUGGCCAAUGAAGAAAAGAAAUUUCAACAACAUAUUCAAGCCCAGCAAAAGAAAGAACUGAACAGCUUCCUGGAGUCCCAGAAGAGAGAAUACAAGCUCCGUAAAGAACAGCUCAAAGAGGAGCUGAAUGAAAACCAGAGCACUCCAAAGAAGGAGAAGCAGGAGUGGCUCUCCAAACAGAAGGAGAACAUUCAACAUUUCCAGGCAGAGGAGGAGGCCAACUUGCUGCAGCGCCAGAGACAGUAUUUGGAGCUGGAGUGCCGGCGCUUUAAGAGAAGAAUGCUUCUCGGGCGCCAUAACCUGGAACAGGACUUAGUUCGGGAGGAGUUAAAUAAAAGGCAGACGCAGAAGGAUCUGGAGCACGCCAUGUUGCUGCGACAGCAUGAGUCUAUGCAGGAACUGGAGUUCCGCCACCUCAGUACCAUCCAGAAGAUGCGUUGCGAGCUGAUCAGGCUUCAGCACCAAACUGAGCUCACAAACCAGCUGGAAUACAACAAGCGACGAGAGCGUGAGCUAAGGCGUAAGCACGUCAUGGAAGUUCGACAGCAGCCUAAGAGUCUGAAGUCUAAAGAACUACAAAUAAAGAAGCAGUUUCAGGACACAUGCAAGAUCCAAACCAGACAGUACAAAGCACUGCGAAACCACCUACUGGAGACCACACCAAAGAGUGAACACAAAGCUGUCCUGAAACGGCUCAAAGAAGAGCAGACCCGGAAACUGGCCAUCCUAGCUGAGCAGUAUGAUCACAGCAUCAAUGAAAUGCUCUCAACACAAGCUCUGCGUUUGGAUGAGGCACAGGAAGCAGAGUGCCAGGUUUUGAAGAUGCAGCUGCAGCAGGAACUGGAGCUGCUGAAUGCAUAUCAGAGUAAAAUCAAGAUGCAGGCUGAGGCCCAGCAUGAUCGGGAGUUGCGUGAACUGGAACAGAGGGUGUCCCUUCGCAGGGCCCUCCUGGAGCAGAAGAUUGAGGAGGAGAUGCUGGCAUUGCAGAAUGAGCGCACCGAACGGAUACGAAGCCUGCUGGAGCGUCAAGCCCGCGAGAUCGAAGCCUUUGAUUCAGAAAGCAUGAGGCUAGGUUUCAGUAACAUGGUUCUGUCUAAUCUCUCCCCCGAGGCGUUCAGCCACAGCUACCCGGGAGCUUCUGGCUGGUCCCAUAAUCCUACUGGGGGUGCUGGACCUCACUGGGGUCAUCCCAUGGGUGGCCCACCACAAGCUUGGGGCCAUCCAAUGCAAGGUGGACCCCAGCCAUGGGGUCACCCCUCAGGGCCCAUGCAAGGGGUACCUCGAGGUAGUGCUAUAGGGGUCCGCAACAGCCCCCAGGCUCUGAGGCGGACUGCUUCUGGGGGACGGACGGAGCAGGGCAUGAGCAGGAGCACAAGUGUUACUUCACAAAUAUCCAAUGGUUCACACAUGUCUUAUACAUAACUUAAACAAGAACUGAAGGUGGCAAUUCCACUGGAGCUGUCUGCCAACAGAAACUGCCUACAGAUACGUCCCAGCAGCCUCCUCAGUGUGGGACUGCAGUGGGAUGCUGGGUGAACAUGGAGUAUUGUAUUCAUUUUGUAAAGCACUCUGUUUUGUGUUUACUAACUGGGAUGUCAUAGUAUUUGGCUGCAGGGUUUGGUUUUUUUAAUUUUUAUGUUUUAGGGGGGUACUGGGGAGGGGAUCUAAGACAUAUAUGCAACUAGUCAGAGAAGUUGUCUGUUGGAUAUGGCAUUAAAGCUGCACAGGGGCCUCAGACUGCUUUCAUCACCCCGUCCCUACAGAGCGGUGGGAAGAGUUCAAACCUUAACAGCCGCCCGAGCAGACCAGGGGGGCUGAAAUAAGUCACUAUCUGGUGAAGGAGCAGCUGUAUUUUCUCCCCAUUGUUUAUCAUGAAAUUGGCCACAUUUCUAGGUGUAGCCUCAGGAGGAGUGGGAUCAAAGGAACCGUAGGUGAGGUAGAGGGGCAAGAGGAAAAGCUUUGCCGCUGAGAUGAGAGGGAUCAACAGAGACCCUUGCCACCCAAGUGCACGCUCUCUAUUGCACUAAGAGGUGAGCCUUCUCCUAGGGCAUAGGGCAGCUUCCUGGGCACCACAUUGGUAAAUGUGUGUGCAGGGGGAGGUCUGGAAAUGUUUACAAUCCAGCCUAGCAUCUUGGCACUCCCCUAGCUGUGCUGGUGGCAGGGAUGUCGUGCUUUGGAGGAGCUGGGAAGAAGAGCAUAAAUAAUGCACUUGUCUGGCUAAUACUGUGACAUCUCACCUUAGCUAAGCAUUAGAAUAAUUCCUGGAGCCCUAAAUAGUUCUUUUGCUCUGUUCUUCAGAAACCUUGGACUUCUAGCCAAUCAAUCUGAAAUGCCAGAGGUAUUUUGAAAGAUGCCAUAGUCACAAAAUGCCAUUGAUCAGGGUUUUCAUUACUACACUACAUACACCAAUUUAUUACCUUUUGGCUUGUUGCAAUUUACUGUUUACAUGUCAAGUGUAGCCAACUGUUUAAAUGUUUAGUUGCCAUAGUGUACCAGGAGGAGCUGAGCCAAUGACUCUUUACCAGCUCCUGACUAACCUACAUCACCACUGUAGAUCUUGCUGCAUGUCAGGCUCCUUUCUAUUAUUUUGGUUGUGGCAGGACUUCACAACUUUACAGGCCAUUGAGACCUUGUGAUCGUUUGGCAGCAUGUCACGCCACGUGUAGGAAGCACUAUUUCCAGACGGCUCUUAUCAGAGCUGCUGUACUACUGAAAGGGAGCAAAAGAGGUUGGGAAGUAAAUUUAAAACAUUUAAAUUAAAAAGGUCAGGGAGUCUGAAAAGCAAUGGUAUGACUUUUGUGGCUACGUCUUGAUCCUUAAUGCUGGAAUUGGGAGGUGUUGUGAAAGCCGAGUCCCAAUGGUGGGGAGUUCUGGGCAGGUCAGCACCAUGAGAUUCAGAGGAGAGCAGGUAGAUGAAGCUUGGUUUGAGGUAAAGAUUUUCUUCCUGGGGACUGACCAGCCAGAGUUCUUUGUAAAUGACUUUCCUUGCACACUAAUCAUCUUGAAGAAAACACUAGCUGCUAACUCUAGGCUUUGCCUUUAGCAUGUUUAUAGGGCUCAAAAGCAAGGUUUUCAGGAUGUUUGUCAUGUGACAUAUUUAUACAGAAAUACUCCAGUGUCUCGCUGCUGUUCAGUUUUCUCAACAGUUUGACAUUCUUUUGUUAACUAAAUUAAAAUCCACUCCAGAUCCUUAACUCUUAGCCAGUGUCUGGUGAAUCCAAACUUCAGGAUUUCCAGUGUCUUGGUAGAUCAUAUCUCUCGGAACAAAGAUGGACACUGUACCAAAAUACGUUUGAUUAACUCUUUGGCAGGGCCUGGUAGUAUUAGCAGUGAACGCAGAAGUUUGGGAUGAGGUGGUGGAGCCACUGGGGAAUAUUCCCAUUGGUUACCCUGUAGAACAGGUAUGUUUGGGACAAAGAUGAACUCUCUGACCCGCUAUUCCCCUUGAAACACAUCUCUAUGUGGGAUGGAUGUUUCCUCUUCUAGCUGUUCUUUUGCAUUAAAACAUGCAAAUGAAAUUAAGGAAAAUCGCUUUCAUUUUCCUGUUUUAAGAAAAAAAAAAAUCAAAAGCCAAAACCCUCUAUUGGAUCUUACCGCCUUGGUGUGGAGGGUGUAUCCAGAGCAUGGUGCUAAUAUGCAAUGUUUCGGAGUUCUCACCUUCUCAGAAUCCCAGACAGCAGCAGUGAUCGGCACGCUACUUCAAAAUUCAGGGGGUUCAUUCUUUUGCUUCUGUUAUGGUUUGAAUUUGGCCAAAAUCUCUGGCUUAAAUUGAGAUACUUCAAGAAGAGUUCCCUCAAACCGCUAUUUGUGUAAUGUAAAGCAUGACUAAGUGCUGGACCCAAAUAUUGGCUUUUUUGUAUCCAAAAGAAUUGUGUAGUAACCAUUUUUACAUGUAUAUCAUGUGCAGACCUGGACUAUUCCAAUGAGUUAAUAUUUUAAUUAAAAUAGUUUGCAAAAACUGAUUCAGAUCAACCUUGUCUAAAUGUGUGUGUCUCUGUGUGUACAUGUGGGGAGCAGAAGCUGCCUUCCGACUGAGUUUGAUCUCAAGAGAUGUCUCCCAAUUACUCAGUUGUUGUAAUCUAUGGGAAUCGCUUCAUAUUGUGUAGUGGAGGUAUACUGAGGACAUAAAUUAGUGUAGCUAUAAUGUAUAUGUUAUAGAUAUAUAUAUCACAUAAAUAUCUUUGUGAGAUAUAUGUAUAAAUAUCAAAUCAAAAUAGUCCAGAGACGCAAACACUUUCUGAAUCAGUUUGCAAACUCCAUUUUUAAAAAUUAAAACUAACUACUCCACAUUGUCCUGUACUCGUCCGCCCCCUCACACCACCGCCGCCACACUACUGUACCCAUCUUUCCUCUCACACCGCCACCGUGCUGUACUGUACUCCCACCUCCUGACGCUGUGCUGUACUGACCCCCCCACCCCCCACACUGCCGCCGCGCUGUACUGUACCCCCCCACCCCUUCACACCACUGCACUGCACCCACCCUCUCUCACCGCCGUGCUGUACUGUACCCCUCUGCCCCUUCACACUGCCAUCUCGCUGUACUGUACUCCCCCACCCCCUCACACCGCUGCACUGCACUGUACUGCACCCACCCACUCAUGCCGUCCUGCUGUAUUAUACCACCCACCCCCUCAGGCCACCGUCGCGCUGUACUGUACCUGCCUGCCCGCCCCCUCACACCACUGUGCUGUCCUGUAUCCACCCCCUCACUUACACUCCAACCAGGGCUUUAAAAAUACUGUAACCUGUAAAUUGUGAAAACUACUCCGUGUCUCAGCAAGAUGCUAGUUUUCCAGCUUCUGUGUGAGGAUUAACACUGGGAAAAUGGCUCUGUGAAUAUUACUUUACAAUUUUUAUGACAGUAUUUUAAAAUACUGCUGCCAGCUUGACACCUACAGCAUAUUAUUCUGUGUGUUUGGUUUUUUCCCCUUUGCAUAGACUUUAAACUCUGAUUAAAGUUUAGUCCAGAGGUGCAAUAGCAGGAGAGUUGGCAUUUUUCACCUCUUUAAUCAUAUUACACUUCUUUGGUUUUGUUAAUUAAAAUCAGUGAAAGGGACCACGUGUGCUUUAUUUGUUGUGGUUUCUGGAAAACAGAGGCCACCUCCCCCAUUCCCAUUGACUGUUGUGCACUUAAUUCCUUGGACACAACACUGGAACUUUCACCUGUAUUCAGUCUAGCCCUGUAAACUUCCAAGGGGUUGAAAAACAAACACGGUACUAUACAGUAACAAAACAUUGAAUGGAGAAGUCCUCGUGGACAUUUCUUAUCUACAAGUCCUGCCUUGGGGCAGACUAGAGCUGCUGUACUUUCAAUACAGCUGCAGUUAACUUUUAUUAAGUAGAAUGUUGCAUGUUGUCAAUAAAACCUGCACAGAGAACACAAUGGUGGAUACUGGAAUAAUACUGCUUAUUAUCACAAAGGGGAAAAUGACCUGUUGAACUCAAAACCGUGAUCCUGUCCACUCUUCAUUGGUGAAAAUAAAUCGUAUUAUACCAAUACCUAUUGUUACUCUGUUAAAAUACGCACAUCUCUCUGGAGAUCUGUCUAAUGGUAUCUCAUUUGUGUAUAUGUAUAUACUCUGUGUGUGUGUGUGUGUGUGUGUGUGUGUAUGCGCACACACAACUCAUGCUGUGCAUUUCUGUCAGGGCACUUAGCAUUCCCUUAGCUGUUAAGCUGACAGGACAAUUUGUGCAGCUGGACUGUGUUAGGGGGAGGAUAUGAGCAGAAGUGCACAAGGGUUGAAUGGAGUGGGCAAGCCCUGGUUUAAAUCUUGCCCUGUGUUGUGCAGGAUGUUAGAGGGUUCUGUAGCUGCUGCAGGCAUGUGAAAGGAGGGAAGAGCGCUCAUGAAGGGUGCAGCACAGUUAGAAGGCAGCGCAGCAAGCAAGUUUGCCUAGCACUAGGGAAGCGGCAUGGGGAGCUACUGGUGCUGUUUGCAGUAUGCUUGUAGUCAGUGUGCUGUGAGGAAAGGCAGUGGUAUGUAAGAGUGAAAUGCUCUGCAGUGGGAGCUCAGAGUCCCUAGGCACGGUUCAUCUCAAAAGAUCACAAACCCCAUAUAGUCGUCAUUAACUUUCUACAUUUCUGGGGAUCGGCUGCCAUGAACUAUGAACUCUGCUCUCUGCACCUUUGUUAUUGUUCCAUGUGCAUUAAGCUAAGGCCAAAACAUAAGAUAAAACUGUGAAUUUACUUCUUACUAGCUCCAUUCUUUAUCCUUCUCCCCACCCAUUCCUUCCAGAGCAUGGACACAUGUCUCUAAGUCUGGACAGUGUGCUGGGAACAGCAUCAUUUUCUUCCUUGAUGCAGGUGUGUGUGCCCACGUAAUGCUGCAGGCUUCUGAGUGAUGGGGUAACAGCUGGACACAGUCAGCCCUUAGAACCCGAUUUUCUAGGUCUGGAAACCUUCAGAUUCCUGGCAUCUCCUCCCCACCCUCCACCCUUGGAUAGCAGCGAGGCGUCUGGCAGUUUGGGGAGAGGUGUCGGUUUCUGCAUGUGUCAGGUCAGAGUUGCACAUAUGAAGGGCAUCUCUUUGUUAGUGAGCCUUGUUCCUGCAGUCUCAGACCCCGCGAGCAUAACAGCAUGCCACGCGUAAGGUGUCUCUUGGUGGUGUGUACGUACCAAAGGGAAGCCCCCAAACACCUGGUCCUGUGGGUUAUAGUUAUUCUCAGCCGUGUGGUUCCUUUGAAAGCAGGUUUGUAACCUUUCUUUUUCAGUGUCUCCAAGCUUUUGGCUUCCCUACCCUGUCAGCAGGAGUGUCUGUUCUUUUAAAACUGUCCACGCUCCUGGUUUAAAGCCCAUGGGACAGUUCCAUCCCCGCGCUUCCCUGGACUCCAGUCAGAUUGUGAGCCUAGAAGUGGGGUUUGUGUCCUUAAGAAAGGUUGGUGCCUGUAGCAAGAACUUGCGAUUGAUGUAUGUCUUGCUGUGUUCGUUUGAGUUUGCACUAUCAGGAUUCAUCAUGGGAACCAGUGGAGAAAUGUUUGCGAGACUGUGCUGAGGGGUGCAGGGGGCUGUCAGAUCUGGGAAGAAGCCAGCUGACUUAGUGGUUUUAUUAAAGCAUUACCCAAAAAAGAGAGAGACGCAGAUAACCCUGAUUCCUGUUGUGUAACAGAACUCAACCAAGUGGGCCUGACAGGGUCACUCACGUGCCUGGGAUACCCUGUUCCCAACCCUUGGCUAAAUGCUGGAGGAAGAAAGCCUGGCUCAGCCAGCUAGGGCUGGGUAAACAGCAGCAAACAAGCAGCGGACCCAAACUGUGGGCCUCUGGAUGCUUGCGCUUUGGAGGUACAUUGACCCCACCUGUCUGCCAUCUAGCCAUGUUCUGUAAAUCCGGGGUUAGCCCCUCUGCAGCCAAACGCUCAGCCCGGAAGUCUGUCGGUAGACGGGAGUUACCACCACACAAUGUGCACAAAAUCAGGGGUAUCUCCUGUCCCCUUCCUUACCCCUCCUGGUACGGGUACCUCAGAACGGGCACCGUUCGCAUUUUCACUGACAAUUGGUUUGAUGAUUGUGAGUGAAAAUAUUGUAAUUAUCUGUAAAUAUGUAGUUAACAAAUUGACCUAGUUUCUGUAUUUUUUAAGUUUUUGUACUAAAGUUUAUAGAUACAGAAUGUGCCAACUAGAGAGGAGCUACUGUCGUUGCCAGUUGUAGCCCAGCCUGCAUCUAACCCCUUCAGUUGCCCAUGUGACACUAAGGAUUCAUGCUUAAAUGUCGUAAGGGCGGGACUAGGGGGGAUGAUAAGGAAGAAAAAUGGCUUAAUUUGCAGUCCAGGUGGAAAUGCUUCUGGACCUCCCGAAACAAGAUUGAUCCAUAUCUUUUAUAUUCACCAUUUCAGUUAGGUCCCCUGUGUUUUAGAUGCGUGUCUAAAUGCAAGGUGAGGUGAUGUGGCCAGUGCAGAGGAUAGAAGUGUUGGCUUGGAGCUUUUUCUGGGGUUGAAACUCACAUAAACAAAGCCCAAUUUCUCGCUAUCCCUUUUAUCGUAUUUACAGAAUUGUACAGAAAAUUCAUAUUCCCUCCACCCCCUGAAAAGGUUUUGAUGCCAGGAUAAUCUAAAGAGCAUGUAAACUAUUGGAGAAGAAAUUAAUUUUAUGAAGCUCGUUGCCUGCUUUUAGUGCCAGUAUAACACAUUUCUAUGGCAACUCAGAGCUCAGCAGAGUUUGGAAAUGAGCACGCAGUUGUUAAUGAACUGAAGUAUGUAAUUGCUGCUUUUGCAUGGCUUGGCAUCAGUGUUAGACUAGGGCCACCUGAAAGCAUCGGAGGCAAAUUCUUGAUUAGAAAUGGUCAUUUGCUUAAGUUUAACUCGACUAAAUGCAUUGCCGAGGCAUGGUGUGUUCUCCUAGAAAUUGCAUGUGGUCAAGGAAUGGAAUAUGCAGAGAUGGGGGACAGUUUUCUGCCAUCGAGCAGGAUCUCCUUGCAGACUGGUGGGUGGACUCCCACUGCCCUGCAGGCAGAUGUUUAGAUGGUUGAGAUGUAGGCUACAGCUGGCUUGCAUUGUAGUUUUUGUUUUCAACACCCAUUACUAAAUUAGAGAGUCUUUCCCCUUGGAUUGCAUAUGAAUGAAAUAAUCUGUCUCACCUCACUUGUCCCACUUCACUGAGUCUCUCAUGGCGUAGGCAAAUCUGCAACCCUGGAAUAGCUCUGAGAUCUUGAGGUUCUCAAGAAAAGAAAAAUUACCACUAGGGAGAGCAGUCAUUGGAAGAUGUUUAAGUUUCCCUGGAGGCUGUUGGGAUGUGAACUCUUCAAGACACUGACAGGAUCAAAGAGGGGAGGAAAUGCGGAGAUGGAGAUGGAGAGGUGUGGGUGGUGGGUGUGGUUUCUGGCAAUCAAAACCACCUGCUUCCUUUCUUCAACCUUUCUUCUUCUCGUAACCCCCCUCUCAGCUGUCACCUGAGCUUGCUUGGAAGAGGGACAUUUUAUUUGACCAAACCAACUCAAAUUGGGGGUGGGUCUGAUGCAGAUACAUUAACGCUACCGAUCAGAUACAGCAUUAUACCAACUUGAAAAUUCUAAAUGCUGAAGAUGUUUUUAUUAACACUCGGGUUGCUACAAUUCCUAUUUAUGUUCUUCCAUGGAAGUCAUUAACCCAUUUAAAACUUAGGCAAAUAGUGAUGAAAUUGCCAGAUUACCAGGAGGAUGUUAGCUGUCAGAACCCCCUUGGUUUAGUAUACAAGAGAGGUAGCAUACCAUGCAUUAUGAGGGGUAGGAGAAGGUUGUGUGAGAUUUGUAUAGUGUAUAUUUUUAAAAAUAGCUUAUUGCUUGUAUUGUGAAGACUUUAAAGACAAACUUGAGAAUUCUAACAUAACUAUUAACAAAUUUAACAUAAGUUAUCCCACUGGGUUCAGAGCGUCUUGAAUGUAUAAUCUUUUUGUAACCCAGAAUGAUUUAUUCUUCUACCAGUCAGCCAGACAUCUUAUUUAUAUGUUUAAUUUUGUACAUCACUUUCCCUUUUGUUUUCAUGAUUUCCCGCAUGCUUCUGUUUGGUUGGUUGUUUGCACAAGUAUUGUGUAAACUAAAAGAAAUUUUAACUUGAACCUGGCAUUUUUACUUUCUUGGAUUUUCUUCCUCCACACUUUUUGGGGGAACCAGGGUGGGGGGGUGUAUUUUCCAUUUGCAGCUUCCAGGUGAAUGCCUGGUCUUUUGCCAGUCAGCUGAAAAUGCUUCGCUGUCAGUUGCUUUAAAAGAAAAUAAAAAUGUCACCUUAUCAGCUCUAGGUAACGCAUGGGGAGGAGGGCAAGUGCACACCUGUAGCUGCACAAAUCUGGUGUUGGUUGCAAAAUGAAGGCAAAGCUUGGCUGUAACUAGAGAGCUGCAGAGCUGCCACAGGCCCAGCUGCCCUGACCUGCGGUGCACGCUCGGUUGGCAUGAAGGCUGCAGCGGAUAGCCAGGUUCCCACAAUGGUAGUGGGAGUUAAAAUACCCGUGUCCCUCUCAGCUUCUGCCUCUGGGGUCAUUGUUACACCCCUUGCUGUGUGCCUGCUCACAUGUGAGUGGGAAGAGGGAUGCUCACAGACACCAAGUAAUGUGUUUACUUCUCUUCUCCCUCCCUCCCUUCUCUAAGAACCUUCAGCUCAUGACCCACAACUCUUCCCCACGGCCCCAGCCUCUGUCCUUGGCUAGUAGAGGGCUCGUUCAUUCUGGGGCAUUGGGGGUGAGGUGUAAGCAAGGCCAGGAGCCGGGCAUCACUUUAUCAUGGGUAGUGCUGCCCACGCCAUUAUACUGAACAGAGGCCUGAGUCUUCCAAGCCCAAUUCCUACAGGGGUCAAAACAGGGAAACUGGACUCCUUCCUGCUCAUGUUUCUGUUAGCACCAGCUGGGAUGGUGAGUCUACAGGUGUGCGUUUUCCUUUUGGUAGAAAAUGCCACAAGCACUAACCAAUGAGGCUUAUUGUACAGUGUAUUGUCAGUAUUCUGGUAUCCUUCUGUUUCAACAUACAUUAGUGCUCAUAUAUAACCUGUAUUAAUUGUAUAGAUUGUGCAUUUAAAGCUGUUACCAUGUUGUCAGAAAAUGAGAGAGGAGAAAAUAAGGUCGUAUGUAAUAUUUUGUUUGUAAGUAUCCUUUGUAACAGAGCAAAGGAAAUGUUAAAAAAUCAACUGUAAUAAAGUAAUUUUAGUA